AUGCCGAAAGUGACUGCCUCGGAGCCCAAGGGCCUCUCCAGGUCGCUCCCAUACCCAAAAAAGCAGCCAGCCAAAGGAAUUGCGAGCAGUCAGUCAAACAAGAGCGCUGCAGAAGAGGAGAAGCAGAAAGACGACCCGCCAGGCUUCCGGUUUCUGGACCUUCCUUCCGAGAUCAGACUACACAUCUACGAUUACUUCGCAGUGGAGGAUACAAGUGCUCCUGCAGAUGAUGAAAGUGUGAAGCAGACCAGGAAGUCACUACAAACGGUGUGCCGUCAGAUCAGCAAUGAGUGGACCCCAAUCUUCUUCAGCACAACAACAAUCGUGGUCGACUCAAGCAAUUGCACUGAGCGCUGGGGAAGCAAAACAGACGUCGGGGCUAUUGGCACAGGAACAAUGACAGACAACUUGAAAUACAUUACCAAGCUGAAGUACAUCAUUGCCAUACACAAGAGGUGGUAUAAUUCCCGGAUAGCUGAUGAAUUGGAAUGCUUUCUGAAAGGUCUCCAAGAACGUCUACCGAGACUCCCAUCUCUGGCCGAGGUGACGUUCUGGGUUGGGUUCGACGAAGAAACCAUACCUCUGCGGGCAACCUAUCAUCUGCGUCGCGAAGCAGACAGGAAGAUGGAGCAAUUAGUCUCGCACAGUACAGGGUCGGGCUUCUUGAACGGCUGGAAGGCAGAGACAGGGACCCUCCUCGAUGAAAACCACUUCCCAGCUGAGAUGCAAUUCAUUUUCCGCAGAGAACAACCUCGCAUUGCUAAGGCAGUGGAGGAGUAG